CAGCGACAUGAGGGAGUCCCAGCCCCAGCCAAACCAUGGCGGUGGCGAUGCCGGUACUGCGGCCGCAGGCAUUGAGUCGGCGCGGCGGCCGAGCAAGCUAAGGCGGCUCAGGGCUGGUGGCGCGGAUGCCGCCGCUGCUGGGCGUGUAGCAGCAGCCAAGGCGGGUGGUGCUGGCGGCGGCGGCGGCAGCGACGCCCCAGGGGCAGCUGGGCAGCUGUCGCGGAGAGCAGCGGCGGCGGCAGUUGCGGCAGCGGCCGCGCCGGCACAUGCCAACCUGGCUGCGAACAGGCAACGUGUCCUAACCGGAGCAGCGUUUGCUAGCCACGCUGCGGGUCGCGGUCGCGGCGGGCGUGGCGGGCGUCGCGGCGGCUGUGCGUUUAUCGACGAGGAGGCCUCACUGUCGGGUGAC